CUGAAAUUCUUAAAAUUAGCUAAAAACUGUUGAAAUUCUGGCGAAGAACUGAUAAUACAUAUUCUUUCCUUUCUUUUCGACCAGAAAUUUACAAUUUUUAAUUUAUUAACAUUAAUUGUUCUACCGUUGUUAUCAUUGAAAACGCCAUUUUGUUUAUACAAAUAUGUUACCGACGAAGAAGAGUUCAAUAUAUAUUUAGUCGAUAAAGAAGUGAAAGUAUUAAAUAUACUAACGAUACAUCUUUGAGAGAGUAAAGUUGAUUGAAAAUGAAGUGAACGGCUUAAAUUAAUAUAAUAAAUUAAUUGAGAUAUGUGUUCACAUUGAAAAAUAUCAAAUUCAUUGUACGAAUAUGCAAACUUGUUUCGAUCAUAUACAUUGUUGUUAUUAUUGCAAAUAACAUUCUUGUGCUUUUCUAAAUCUUUACCAAUAAUUUUUUGUUCAUUUUGAUUUUUUUCGAAAGAAUAGGAUAAAAUAUUUGAUGAUUUCAUUGUUGAAAACCAUUCUUGAUUUGAUUGCGUAGUACUCGACCAUGUGUCAUUGCUUUCAUAACAUGUUGUUGAUUCUCGAUGUAAAGUAGUUGAGUUUGUAUUAAAUGAUGAUAGUGUGCAAUAAAACGGAUAUAUUGGUACUUGAAUGCCAAUAUUUGUCGUUGUUUUUUUACUGGAAUUAAAAUUAAGUUCUUUCUUGUUGUUUAGCCUGCAAUACACAUACAUAUACGCACACGCACACGUACACACAUAUAUAAAAAUAAACAUGAUCAUUUAUAUAGUUUUACUUUUCGUAUAUUAAAUACAUGACAAAUAAAUUUUACUAACGUGUUUAUAAAUUUCUCUGAUUUUCUUCUUAUAUAUUCUUCAAAACGUGUGGUAAAUAAAAUGAACCAAAUAGAUACGAAAAUGACAACAAAAGUCGUUAAUACUCUUGAUUUUCUUAUGGUACCCCAUGAUUUGUGACCUUGUUCGAUAAAAUGUGAAAUACUAAUUAAGGUUGAAAGGUAAAAAAAAAAUGACAUUCUACAUUUUAUUAGAAUAAACAAGAGAUUUCCAUAUUUAUAUCCUGAACACUCAGGCGAUUAAAAAUUGAAGCAUCAAAUCAAAAUUUUAAAUGCUUUUAAAUUAAUGAAGAAACUUGUAGAAUGUGUAAGUCUCUUCUUGCAACACGUUUAACUGAACUUAAUCAACAACUUGCAACAAUUGUUAAAUUACAAAAAAUGGAAGAUGAAUAUGACAAAAGUUCAGUCCUAUAUUCUAAGCUUUGUGAUUGUCCACAUCACAUAUUACCCACUGGAGAAAAUAAGAAAAAAAUAUCAUGUAAUAUCAACACUUGCAAAACACGAAAAAGAUGUACUUGCCUUUGUCAAUGCAAUAAAACAAGCAAAUCCUAUAAAAAUGAUGAAAAAAGUAAAGAAAUCUCAAGUACACAAUCAUAUGAUGAUAAAGCCGUAAAGAAUAAUGUACAUGAUACUGAAAUUGGACAGGUAUGUAAUACAAGAUUAGAAAAUGUACAGGAUUUAGAAAAAAUAAAAUCUGCAAGAAAAGAAAUUAUACAAGAAAGAAUUAUAAAUAAAACAGAUAAAACAGAAGAUACUUCUAUAGAGGUACCAGUGCAAGACAAUGAUAAAAGUAAAAAACCAAAAGAAAUUAUGAUACUGAGUGAUGACAAUGAUAAAGAUGUUAAUACAGAAGAAAUUAAAAUACUGCAGGAUGAUAAUGAUUUAUCUAACGAAAAAAAACAGAAGAGAGAUUUGGAGGAGAAGUUGCAAAAUGCGAAGCAACAUUUAACAAAGCUGAAAGAAAAUGGAGAACAGCAAAUAUCUUUCCUAAAAGAUGCUCUACAAAAAGCUGAGGAGCAACUUGCACAAGCAAAAAAAGAAACUAUUACAAUUACUGCAGAUAGAGAUAGAUUAUUACAAACUGUAUCAACACUAAAGGAGGAAAUAAAUAAUGUAAUUGGCAAAAAUGUGUCUUUACAUCGCGAAUGCCAGGAUUUAAAAUGUAAAUUGCAAACAGCUUCUGAAUGUGAAACGAAAACUUGCACAGUUGUUCAAGAUGAAGUUAAUCUUAUAAAAUCUAUAGUUAAACAAAAAGAAGAGAUUUUACAGGCAGAAAUAAUUGAAUUAAAAGGAUUGAUUGCAGAACUUACAAAUGUUACAAAAAUACAAGAAAGAAGAAUAUGUGAAUUAACUAACAUUUGUAAAAAACAACAAUGUGGUUUACGUGAUAAAAGUAAAAUGAUUAUUGAAAAGGAAUCUAAAAUAUUCGAAAUCCAAUCACUACUUAAGUCAUAUAGUUGCAAAUGCACAGGAAUGCAAAAUGAUAUUCAAAAUUUAGAAUCUACUUUAAAUAAAGAAUCAAAUACAUGUAAUGGUUUAAAAGAGGAGUUAGAACGUUUUAAGGAUGAUUAUAAUUGUAUGUUAAACAUUAAAACAAAAAUUAUAGAAGAACAAGAUGAAACGAUCAAAAAACAGAAACGAUUAUUGCAAGAUAGCGAAAGUAUGGCUCAACAAGCAGCUUCUGAAUUUGAGGAAAUUAGGAACGAACUUGUUCAUGAAAAAGAAACAUGUGAAUCUUUAAGAAUUGCAUUAAUUACUGCAGAAGUUCAAUUAAAUCAAAAAUAUAAUGUGGAAUGCAAGAAAUGUCAAAAUUUAAUUGCAGAAGUGAAUUUGUUAGAUCAACAAAAACAAAAAGCAUUAAUUGCAGCAAAAGAAGCUUUAAGAAAAUUAUGCAUUUCUGUAAGAGAUUACCAAAGGGAAUUGGUCUUUGAAAGACAGCAAUGUAAAUUUCUAACAUUAAAACUGAAGGAAAAGCAAGAUGAAGUUGAAUACAUUAAAAAAGAAUUUGCUUAUAAAAAAAAAACAAUUGUGCGCAGAACAAGUGACUUUUUAUCUUAAUAGAUGCAGCUGAAGGUAGUAAAAUUAACAGCAAAAUUCAUAAUGUUUUGCUAUUCAAUUUAUUAAAAAGCAAAUUAAUAUAAUCAAUGCUAAAAGUAACUAAAAAUAUGUUAUUAUAUCAUUGAAUAUUACUAUCUCUCCUUCAUUAAUUAUAACUAUAUUCUAUUGAUAAUACUUU